UGUAGCAAACAAAAAAAAAAUAUAUAAUUAAAACAUUAAUUUGGACAAACGUAUUCUUAAAACUGACUGGAAUAAAUUAUGUUAUUACCUUGGAUUAUGGCAAGUAUAGAUAUGGCUAAUCUGGUGUAAAAACGUUAAACAUCCGCUUUCGCUAAAUUAGUUCCCUUUUUCUAAUUAGUUCACGCGUCAAAUGUAGUAGUCCCCAAACCUGCCACAUCCCACCAAAUUAUUUCAAUUAUUUUCAAAGUAAUCACAUUUCUGGAAAAACAGCGGACCUGUCAACACUGUUGGUCGCUUGAUUAUUGACGUUUGAUAACUUUCUGAAGAAACUGAUCCGCUCGAAGCGAAACGGUCAUUUUAAAAUGCCGACGGGUAAACCAAGGGAAUGUUAUUUGGAGUCACUUGUAGCAGACCUCGAAGAACUGCUGGCACGUUUUCAACAGACAGAAUCCGUACGGUUUGAAGACUUUUCUGCCGUUUGGAGAAACAUGGGCUUUGGCCGUAUAUUUUACGGUUCACUUGCUGGCAAUGAAAUGAGGGAAUUCUGCCAACUGUCCCUGACUACGACCUUCAGCUACUUUUUGCCCCCAUAUAGCUUCCAGAUCAGAGUCGGAGCCCUGUAUCUGCUCUAUGGCUUGUACCACACACAACUUGCUUUACCUAAAGCAAAGAUCAGGAUUGCCCUAAUGGACUGGAAGGAGAUUCAGAACUUUUACCAGGACUGUGUGAAUUCACAGCACUAUGAUGCAGUUUACAUUUUCAAGAAGCUUAUCACCGAGAAUGCUGUUGUUUACACCGCCAUGCCAAAAGUGUUGACCUUCCAUGUGACAAAGAAGGAUCAACAGCAUAAAGUCUGCGAAGAGUUUCGUGACCGACCACAAAGGGUCAAGGACCUCAUCUCUACAGAUUUGCUAGAGGUGGCCAACAUUCAGGGUCACUACGAGCGGCUGAAAGCAUCUGUGCUGGCGAGGUCAUCCAUUGCGGUGAUUCAACAGGACCUGCCGGGCCGCUUGCACAGCUGUAUGCUCGAGUUCCUUCGCUGGCAGGACAGCCAUGGGGACUGUGGAGUUGCAGAGUCUUUGGAUGCAACUGAAGAAAAAACCCAGCAGAUUGAGUGUUCCAACAGGGCUGAACUUCUGGCAUCCAUCAAGACAAAGUCAUAUGGGCAUGUUUCAGAGGCCUCUAAGUCACGGCGACAUCGCCAGGUGGAGAUGGACAUGUGUGUUUCUGGAACAAACCAAAUCCCAGGGGUCACCAAGUAUCACAAAAGGGGUCCAUCGCUUAGAGCCCGAACAUGGAAGAACUUUGGUGGAGAAGGAGAUGAUCAGAAGACCCAGUAUUGGCUCCUUAGUGCUGCAGAGGAGGAAAGGGCUGCACUGAAAAGACCAAAGCGACAGCACAGAUUCCGGUGGUGAAAACAAUGCAGAGGCUUUGGGCUGGUAAUUCUGUGUGUAUAAUGAAGAGGCUGGUUUCACAGACAAAUGUAAUAGAUUUACGAUCCACUGAGCAAGGCGGGGAUCUGCAGUGUCCUGCAAGGUGUUGUAUAUGGUAAAUAAGGUAUUUACAGGAAAUGUAACUGAGACACUUGUGAAGUUCUGUGUUCAAAUAAAGGUGGCACCAAAUUUACAUAACUGAAUUU